AUGUCCUUCAACAAAAUUCCCGUACUAAGCUUAGCUGACGCCUAUAGCGCAGAUAAAAAGCCGCGGUUUCUUGAAUGUCUUCGAGAAGCUCUGAUAAAUGUAGGGUUCCUGCUCAUCACCGAUUUCGAAGAGCACGGUCCUUCUCAUCAAAAUUUUGAGAGGAUCAAAACUCAAGCAGUGAAGUUUUUUUCACUCCCGGAUCAUGUAAAAACCGAGUGCGAAAUGAUAAAUUCCCCGCAUUUCUUAGGCUACACUCGACUUGCGAAUGAAAUCACUGGCGGCAAAGCAGACUGGAGAGAGCAAAUUGACCUAGCAACGGAGCUUCCUGAGCCGAAAGAAGGAGAGCCUCUGUAUAAGCAAAUUGAGGGUCCAAAUCUCUGGCCAAGAGAUGAGUUUGCACCAGAAUUCCGUCCUGUGGUCACUGCUUAUAUUGAACAAAUGACUAAAUUAAGCAAAAGCUUCAGAGGCCUGAUCUGUGAAGCCAUUGGGCUGCCUCCUGAUGGCUUCGACUCAUACUUCAAAGAGAAUCAACAAUGCAAAAUGAAAUUGAUUGCAUACCCUGAAAAAAAAGACACCCCACAGUCAAGCAUAGAAGGAAGCACAUUAGAACAGGAUCAAGGACAAGGAGUUGGGGCUCACCGCGAUUCUGAUUUUUUUACAUUUAUUUACCAAGCUUCAGACCAUAAAGGGUCUCUUCAGGUUCAGAAUUUCCAAGGAGACUGGAUCCCAAUAGAUAAUGUUCAAGGAAGCCUUGUUGUCGCAGUAGGUCAAACACUAGAAGCUAUCACAAAAGGCGUUUGUAAGGCUACAAUCCACAAAGUCACGAGCCCACAAGGGGGCUCCGGUACUAGGUUGUCCAUCCCCUUUUUCCAGACAAUUGAUCUAGACGCUCACAAAAGCGCUAUACUAGAUAUACCGCAAGAAAUUCUGAAAUUGAAGGACAAAAGAGACAAACUAAUUACUAACUGGGGAUCUAACAUAGGAUUCCAGUUUACACCCGGUUCAAACGAUCACCCUAUUGGCUAUGCUGUUUUCCGAAACAGAAUUAAAUCACAUCAAGAUGUUGCUGCCAAAUGGUAUCCUGAAAUAUUGGAGCAAGUUCUGCGCGGAGACUGA